AUAUAGUCCUACGUCACUACCGGAGGGCUUGGGACGCCAGAAAAAAGCCGAGUGCACAUUUCGAUUGAAUGAGACUGCACGGCAAAACUUCAUUCAUUCAACUUUUCAAGGAACCAAACAUUGUUUGUCAGACAUCGACUGUGUGCUAACUGCACAAGUCCAGCUGGAGCUAGUGGUUUGUGAGUGUUUGUACUUGUCUGUGCAUGUGUAUGCCUACUUAGCAACGCCGUUCCAGCUGCAGCCAAGGGUGUGCAUGUGUGUGAAGAGCCUUCUGCAGCCAUGUCAGUAUCAGUGAUCAUAAAGUGGGGCGGACAGGAGUACUCCAUCAGUUCUCUGUCUGAGGAGGACACAGUGAUGGACCUCAAACAGUCCAUUAAGACCUUGACUGGGGUGCUGCCCGAGAGACAGAAACUGCUGGGACUCAAGGUCAAAGGUAAGCCAGCAGAGGACGAGGUGAAACUGGGCUCCCUGAAGCUGAAGCCCAACACCAAGAUCAUGAUGAUGGGCACCAGAGAGGAGAGCCUGGAAGAGGUUUUAGCCCCGCCGCCAGAGAACGAUGAUGUCGUGAAUGACUUUGACAUUGAGGAGGAAGUCAUUGAAGUGGAGAACAGAGAGGAGAACCUGGCUAAAAUAGCUCGCAGAGUGAAAGACUACAAGGUGGAGGAGCUGAACCCUCCCAGAGAGGGCAAGAGGCUUCUGGUGCUGGAUGUGGAUUACACACUGUUUGAUCACAAGUCAUGUGCAGAGACGGGUCAAGAACUGAUGAGGCCAUUCCUCCACGAGUUUCUCACCUCGGCCUAUGAGGACUACGACAUUGUCAUCUGGUCUGCUACAAGUAUGAAGUGGAUCGAUGCCAAAAUGAAAGAACUGGGAGUGACAGACAACCCUAACUACAAGAUCACGUUCAUGCUGGACAGCGCAGCCAUGAUCACAGUACACACCCCUAAGAGAGGAGUAGUGGAGGUGAAGCCUCUGGGCGUGAUAUGGGGAAAGUAUGGAGAGUUUUACAGCAGGAAGAACACGAUUAUGUUUGACGAUAUUGGACGAAACUUCCUCAUGAACCCACAGAAUGGACUGAAGAUUCGGCCCUUCAUGAAGGCCCAUCUGAACAGGGAGAAGGACAGGGAGCUGUACAAACUGGCCCAGUACCUCAAAGAGAUCGCCAAGCUUGAUGACUUCACUGGACUCAACCACAAACACUGGGAGAGGUACCUAUCUAAGAGGCAGAACCACUGAGGGAAGUCCUCUCUGAUGGACUCCAUCCUGGACACAGAACAGUGCUGGAUGCUACUGUCUCAUUACCCCCAGUCCACACACACACACACACACACACACACACACACACACACUCUCUCCCUCACACUCUCUCUCUCUCUCCUAUGUACGCACAACACACACACACACACAAACAAACUGACAUGACAGCCCUUUCAUCCCCAACCUUGCUACAAAUUCCCAUACUUCCUCUACAACUAUGAACAAACACUCAAAAGCUCAGGACUGAGAUGGGCUUUUCUAUUUAUAUAGCUGCAUGUUCUCUGUUUCUCCCUUGUCACACACAUACUACGGUCAGGUACCUCAGACACAGCUUGAUAUAAAGGUCUGCAGACUCCAGUCAAACAACACUUGCAAACAAUUCUUAGUAUUCUGUUUUUUUUUGUUUUUUUUUUUAACCUGCUUGGAGUUGUAGAUGGAUGGGUUUACUGCAUCAGCUCAGUGUAGAUCAGGGGUCAGCAACCUUUUUGAUACAGUGCCAGUUCUAGAUGUUCUUGUUAAUCAGUGUGCCAUAUCGACAUUAACACCAAGUUUAACGAUGACACCACAUGAAAAUCAAAAUUUAAAUGGAUCUAUAAUUUUAUUCUAUACCUACAGGUGACAUGCAUUGCAACGAUAGACGAUAGACUUUCACCAGCAAAGAUGGCUGGGAGCGAACAUGUUUGAUUGAUUCUGCCUUGUCUGCCUCAUCCUUGAAAGUUUUCUUGUGUUAUAUCUCAAAAAGGCGUUUAACACUCAACAUUCGGCAAACAACAUUUUCAAAACAUAAAAUACUCAAGGCGCCUCUCUCCUCUCUCCACGAGGGCUGGAAUGCUUGAACCUUUACUUUACUUUCUUAGUAAACAGGGCUGUUGUCACACUAAAAAACACAGGCCACGCAACAGCCAGUGGCUGUGCAGUUGGUAGAGGAGGUAAUGUGGCAUUCAGAUGAGAGGGCAUUAACAUCUCAAAAAAAAAAAAAAAAAAAGACACGAUGAUAUGACCGAA